AUGAACAGAUUUAGUCUCAUAUUUCACAAUCAGAAUGAUAUAUAUACCUUUAGUUAUGAUCCAUUAUCGUCUACAUUUGUGGGCUCUGGUCAUGUUGAAUACCCCGUGGAAUCUCUCAAAAUGGGAAUUGAGUUUUUUGGAUGUUGUAAUGGCUUGAUAUUCUUGAGGCAUGUUAACAAGUUCAACUCUGCUGUACUUAUCCUUUGGAACCCCACGACUAAUGAAUGUAAGGAGUUACCAAAUCCACCAAGUAGAUUAAAGGAGCGUCUAGGGGAUUUUGAAGAAUAUGGAUUUGGUUUUGAUUACCAAGUUGAGGACUUUAAAGUGGUGCGCAUUGCACUGGGUUUUAAUAAAGGUUGGUGUGAGGUUCAAGUGUUUUCACUAAGAUCAAAUUCAUGGAGAAGACUUGAGGACAUCCAGGUUGAUAAACUUUCAAAUGAAUUUCGUACACCUGAUAUCGGUCGUUUACCUGUAAGCGGGGCUCAUCACUGGGAAGCCUUAGUUGGAGAGGACUUGGACACCGAAAUAAUUCUUUUGCUUUGA